GGUAGUCAAUUUAGUUGAUGAAAUGAGAUGUUGGGGAAAUGGGCGCAACCCAAAAGAAUCGGAUGCAGGGUUCUUGAGACUACCACCAAUUGAGGAACCCGCAACCAAACCAACAGAGAUUACUAAAAAACUCGGAACAGAUUAUUAG